ACUUACAAGUUUGACUUUGUCCUAUAUGAUACGAGACAAACGUAACCGCAAAGAGAAAUUUGAUGCUUGUUUCGUUUUGAGUGUCAAAAGUAUAAUAAAAUUGUACGGCUAAAAAAGUCUAAUCUAUGACUGGGGGGAGAUGUCCAUUUUCAAAAUUCCAUUCAUUAUUAUUAUCUUAAUUGCCUCCAUUGCGAGUGACAAUGACUUUUGUGAAGUACCUGAUAAAUAUACUGAUAACGCUGAAAAGUGUUCUGCUCGAAAUUAUUUUACACAGAAAUGUUAUAUUCUAUAUGAUGUAAAUCCACCAGAGGGAUUUAAUCUAAGGAGAGAUGUAUACAUUCGUGUUGCUGUCUUCCUGAAGAAGUUGAUUGAAAAAUACAAAGAAUUUCAGUGGCAAUUGGUUUUACCACCAUGGGGUAAUCUAUAUCAUUGGCGAAGUAAGCAUAUAGGACAACAAAAACUCAUACCAUGGAGUGACUUUUUUGAUAUUACAAGUUUGCAAAAAUAUAUACCUGUCAUUGAAAUGUACCAGUUUAUGGAAGAAUAUUCAUCUGGGAGCACAAAGACAGAACUUGAUUGUGUCUACAAUUUACAAAAUGAUGAUGAAAUGUUCAAGACAGGUAAAUUUGAAGAUAAGAAUGAAGAGACAGACUGCAUUCGCGAUUUUCUACCAUAUCACAAGUUAGACCAUCAAACAUAUGCUGGUCCAUUCUGGGGUUAUCAUAAUAUCACAGCUAAGGAAGUGAAAUGUCUCAAGUUUCAUGGUGUGGCAUCUGCUCUUUAUCAAAAUCUUAGGCCAACGCAAUACAAAUCCAUAAUGUUUGAUCACAUGGAAAUUGCCUUGCAUGAUGAAUAUGGCUCAAAAGAGUAUUGGAAAGCUAGACGCAGCAUGCGUUAUAAUUCUGAACUGUACAACAUUGCGAAUGAAUAUAGAAGAGUUUUCUUAAAUUCUACAGAUCAAAAUGAUAAUACAGAACGACUUGUAGACUGGACUAAAGAAAAGAGCCAACGAAAUGCGAAAGGUGGUCCAUAUCUAGCGGUUCACUUUAGAAGACGUGAUUUUAUUGUUGGUCACAAAGACUCCAUGUCGACAAUAGAGAGUGCUGCUUCUCAGUUAAUAGAAAAAAUGAACGAACUUGGUUUACACGUGUUGUUUGUUGCGACAGAUGCUGUACCAGAAGAGUUUGAACGACUCGAGUGGUACUUAGCUCGGUACAAAGUUAUGAGAUAUGUACCAUCUUGGUCUGAAAUAAAAAGAUUUAAAGAUGGUGGAGUAGCCAUCAUCGACCAAAUAAUUUGUUCACACGCCAGAUAUUUUAUAGGAACACAUGAGUCAACUUUUACAUUUAGAAUACAAGAAGACAGAGAGAUUAUGGGUUUCUCGCCAAAAACUACAUUUAAUCGUUUGUGCAAAAGUAAGAACAAAAAAUGUACAACAGGAGGACAAUGGCAGAUCGUCUGGUGAUGAAAUAUUGCAUUUGGGCAAGUAGAGUUUCUUGUUUACUUCUAUAGAAGAAGAUAUAUAAAACAGUCAAAAUGAAAUUUUUACUAUUUAAUGUCAAUAAUGUACAUGCUUACGUUAAUUCCAAGAGAUCUUUCUUAACUUGUUCCAAUGGAGG